AUGCCAAAGAAAGAUAAAAAGGAUAAGAAAGACAAGAAGGAGAAAAAGGAAAAGAAAAAAAAUGUGCUCAAUGAAAAAGAUACGUGGACGAAGAAUGAUUGCAGGGUGCGUACACGAAAUGAAGAAUUGGAAAGCGAGAUUGAAGUAUUAAAGCAAGAGGUACGCCAGCUCGAAGAAGAUCGAGCAGAUGUCGUUGCACAUCUGGAACUAGUAUUGCGCCAGAAAGUAGAGGAGGCAAAUGAGCUUAGCGAACGACUAGCGGCACUUGAGGAAUUGCGUAAAGAGGAACAGGCAGCAUUUAAGAAACGAGAAGCUGCUUUAGAACUGGAAUAUCGUAACAUGGAGAAUACUUUAUCUGCAGAGGUGAAGUUAGCUGCUGGAAAAUUAAAUGCUUUGGAGGACUGGCGCACUGCAAGAAUUGAUCUCUUGCGAAAGUUUGAGAUACAGGAGGAGCAGAUGACCGAACAGGAAGAACGUCACAAGCGACUUCUCUACGAAGCUGAGAAAGAGCUGAUAAUUAACAAAGCCAGAAUGAAAACGGAAAUGGAAGAAAGACUGAUGGAGCUGGCUCAAAACUUUCGUGAUGCGACAAAUAUUCGAAUAGCUGAUGCAACGCAUCGUGCGAUCAGGGAAAAUAUUGCAUUAAAUAAGGAGUUAGACGCGAUGCUUCAAGUUUGCAAGGAUUUGGAUUGGAAAACGAAAGAAUGCAAAGAGAAGAAUCGAACGCUGAAGCUGCAAGCUUCGCUCUAUGAAAAUGAGGCAAAGAUGGCCCUAAACAAAACUCUAAAACAAAAUCGAACCAUUGAGAAGCUGGCUAAAGAACACUACAAGAUGACACUUGAAUGCGGAAAGUUACAGAGAACCGAGGCUAAGGUACAUCGCAUUGAGCAGCUCACUCAAGAGUACAAAGAUAAGUGCCAAUAUGUAGAAGACAAAGUUAAAAUCCUUGAACAGCAUACGCAACAAGCGAAGAACAACGAGGCUCAAGUUAUGAAGGAAUUAUCUGCCAACUGCGAUGAAAUUAAUAGGCUCAACAAGAUUUUGUACGAUGCAAGAAAAUGCGUUACUGAGGCGUUGAAGAUUCAAGCAGCAACUUCUGAUGAGAAUAUUUGCACGGCUUGCUACCCGGACAUAAAGGAGAGACUAUUAUGUAGUCUUCUUGAAAUUCUGAGCAAUGAAUUGGCUGCAUCCGAGGAAGGGUCACAGUCUCCUGUGCGAAGUACUCACAUCAAAAAUAGUCAAUAUACACUUGGCGACUUGGGCCUUGUUCCAAGUAGACAAAUUGUAAAUGAGCAAGUAUUGUCGGAGGAAGAGAAAAUCGGUGAAGGGGAUGAUGAGUCAGAGAAAGAAGACGAAGAGAACAUCGCGACUGGGCUGGAGGAUAAAGUUGAAGUAGAGGAGGAAGCGGUGGCAGAGAGCGAUACUGAAGAGCCUAGGAAGAUACCGUCUUGUCUGCUCACGUCAGAUUCUCAAAUUUCAAACGUUUCAAGCCCACAAGAAACUCCGUCGGAACUUUCAUCGCAUGAACCUGAUAUCGAUGUGUAAUUUUUCAAAUUCUGUAAUAUUGUGUGAACGAAACGCAAAAAAACGCAAAGUUUUAAUUUUGUCGAAUGUAAAAGCAUACACGUUCAUGUACCAAUCAAAUAUAGACUGUUGCUCGGAUCAAUCUGAUCAUUUAUUUG